GUUUAUAGUUUUACCUGUCACAAUGUUCUAACUGUCUUCUUUCAUAUGCUUGUAGGGCUGUAAUGAAUAUGUGAAUUCGAUAUCAAGCAAUAGGGAAACAAAAGAUACUAUUAUUGGAAAGAUGAAAUCUAAAGGCUCACAGGGAAAACGAGCUCGAGCACCGAUACCCAACAGCAAUGUGCUUAGUGUUAGUGAGGCUGAGUGUGAUGAUAUUGGAAUGGAUUCCUCAAGUGGGGAAGAGAUGGAAGUCGAAAUGGAUGCAAGUACGAGCAAUGUGGAUGCUAGUGAUCAUACUGGUUCAGCUUCGACUCACAUUAAUUCACCAAUGCCAAAAGGGAGGAGGCUUACAUCAAAAGUUUGGGUCCAAUUCAGAAGGUAUAAGAAGGACGGUUUAUUCAAGUCAUCAUGCAUCAAAUGCGGGAAGACUUAUGCAUCUAAAUCACGUAACAAUGGAACUAGUGCACUCCGCAAUCAUAUGAGUAAACCGUGCAGUGAUGGAAAAGGUACUGCUCAACAACUAUUGAAUACUCUUAGAGCUGAACUAGGUGAGGGGGAUGAAUCUAUGUCAGGCAGUUGGAAGUUUGAUCAAGCAGCUAUAAGGAAAGGAUUGACUUAUAUGAUCGUUGUGGAUGAA